CAUCUUCUAGCUUUUGACCCUUAUAAAUACAAGAUUCAUUCACCUGUGACCUACCAAAUUCUUUAUGCUCUCAUCCCUUCUUUCCCCAAUGUAUGCAACCCUCCCUUCCCCUUUCCUCCCUAAAUCCAUCCACGCUUUCUCCCCCAACAAGACUUCAUCCUCCCUGAGGACUUCGGCACAAGCGGCGUCUUUCAAGUCGGCCACCGCUACUGAAAGCAAUAGCGCGGCGGUGGCUCUGGCGGGGAGUUUGUACGAGAUACUGAGGGUGGAGAGAACGGCGUCGUUGAACGAGAUCAAGACGGCGUAUCGAAGCCUGGCCAAGGUUUACCAUCCCGACGCGAACGGAUCCUCAUCGGACGGCCGCGAUUUCAUCGAGAUUCGUAACGCUUACGCGACAUUGUCGGAUCCGACGGCCAGAGCCGUGUACGAUAUGUCGUUGGGGGUACGUGCGAGACGGGUUAGGACUCGGGCGUACCCGAUCCGAAGAUGGGAAACCGAUCAGUGCUGGUAGACCAAAAAAGAAGAAGGAAAAUUAGGGAUUAUUCCCCCUUUUUUGCAAUUGAUGUUUGGACACAAAUGCUUUGUUUCAUAGGCGGGAAUUGAGUAAAUAUACAUUUUUUAUCCCCAA